AUGGCGUUAGUGUGCUUGUUUCCCUGCUCACUUCUCCUUAGGAAAGAUUCUUGUGCCCCAAGUAGGCGACUUAACAUUUGCAAGACAAUAAAUUCAUCACAAAACACAUCAACCGUUGUUGAACCCCUCGUUAAACGACGAACAGCAAAUUAUGAGUCAUCGCUAUGGUCUUAUGAUCAUGUUCAAUCACUCACAACUAAAUACUCGGGAAAAGAUUACACGGCUAGAGCAGAAAAUCUGAAAGAAGUAGUAAAGACGAUGCUACAAAAACGUAGUGUGGUGGAAAAUCCAUUAAUCAGCCUCGAGUUAGUUGAUGAUUUGCAGAGACUUGGGAUUGCGUAUCAUUUUAAGGAGGAGAUAGCUGAUGUCUUGGAGAAUAUUUACCACAACACUCGCAACAACUGGAGUACGACGGACUUGAACCUCCGAUCUCUUGGUUUUCGACUACUAAGACAACAUGGUUAUCCGGUCUCGCAAGACAUAUUUGGCAACUUUAAGAACAAGAUUGAAAAUCUUAACCCAUGUCAAUACGAGGAUAUGGUCGCGAUUUUGAACUUAUACGAGGCAUCUUAUCAUUCAUUCGAGGAUGAGAGCGUACUGGAUGAAGCAAGAGACUUGACAAAAAAAUAUCUUGAAGAAAACCUAGACGAUGUUAAUGGAAGUAUAGCGCCAUUAGUAAGUCAUGCUUUAGAGGUUCCAUUGCAAUGGAGAGUACCACGGGUAGAAGCGAGAUGGUUCAUUGAUUUAUAUGAGAAAAGAAGUGACAUGAAUCCGGUAGUGAUUGAGCUUGCAAAAUUGGAUUUUGAUAUGGUUCAAGCGGUUCAUAUUGAAGAUCUAAAACACGCCUCAAGGUGGUGGAGAAAUACAAGCUGGGAUAAGAAGUUAACCUUUGCUCGUGACCGGUUGGUGGAGUGUUUUUUGUGGACCGUAGGUUAUAGUUACAUGCCCGGGUUCAGUACCGGAAGGAGAGAGAUAACAAAGGUCAAUGCCAUGAUUACUACUAUUGAUGAUGUCUAUGAUGUUUAUGGUACUUUGGAUGAGCUUGAACAAUUUACUGAUGUCAUCAGCAGAUGGGAUAUCAAUGCAAUUGAAGAACUCCCAGAGUAUAUGAAAAUAUGCUUCCUUGGACUCUACAACACAACAAACAAUGUCGCGUAUGACACGUUGAUAAACUCAAGAAUCCAUGUCCUUCCGUACCUAAAGAAAGCGUGGGCAGAUUUAUGCGAGUCAUACCUUCGAGAAGCAAGGUGGUACCAUAGUAGACAUACACCAACACUCAAGGACUACUUGAAUAAUGCUUGUGUAACAAUAGGAAGUCCUCUAACACUCAUGUACAUGAAGAUUUUAACAUCUGUUACUUCAACCGAAGAGAUUGUACAAUGGUUUGAAGAAUCUAAGAAUAUAGUUAACCAUACAUCGUUAAUCGUUCGACUUGCUGAUGACCUGGAAACAUCCUCGGACGAAAUGAAAAGAGGGGAUAUUCCAAAGUCGAUUCAGUGUUACAUGCAUGAAAGUGGUGCUACCGAAGAAGAAGCUAGAAGGCAUAUCAAAAACUUAAUUUUGAAAAUAUGGAAAAAACUUAACAAAGAACGGGCGAAUGCUAAAUCUCAGCUUCUACAUGAAACUAUUGACUAUGCAAUGGACAUUGUUAGGAUGGCACAGUUUAUGUACGGUAAAGGAGACGGGCAUGGUCGUCCAAAUGUGACUAAAUCUCAUGUAUUAUCAUUGUUGUUUAAUCCUAUCCAAGAGACCUAGUAGUCAAUAAUUUGUGUAUGGAUGUUUGUAUUAAAAAUAAAAACUUAUAAAUAUAUGCAUA